CGUCUCGCGGGUGCGCGCGCGCCGGACGCACGCCGAUAUUCGCACGCAAAAAUCCUUUUAUAGUCUAAGCGGCUGCUCCAAAAAUAAAUCUGUUCUGUGCGCGGCGUUCGCGAAUGUGACUUUGUAAUCUAAAUCCGCGAAUGUGACUUCGAACUUUCAAAUCGCGAGUUUACAGUCCUCGUCUGUCACGUAAGCCACUCGAUACACUAAAUAGUCGAUAUGUUACAAGGUAUAAGACAAAAGAAAGCAAACUAUUGAGUGCGAGAUCAAAUUUGAAGCAGUUACCCUAAGCGCUAUUUAAUGGACUCCUUAGAUGUGCCGCCGGUAGUAAAACUUUGAUGCCGUAUUGUGAAGUGUUUGAGGACUUAAUAGUUUAGUUAUCGAGGAUUUUUAAGUGCCAUCAUGAAUCUCAAUAACAAGUUGAGAAGCAGAAGUACAUCUACGUCCUCGAGGAGUUCGGAUCUUAAGGUGUCAGGCGCUAUCGAGCUGGCCGACCCCGCCAACUCCGCCGAAAUACUGGCGCGCCUGCAGAACGCUGACCGUGCCAGAUUUUCUGACACGAGCUGGCAGAUCCACCGGACAUGGUCCCGGAACGGCGACCCGCUGCACCGGACCCCGCCCACCAGCAGGACCAACAUCGCCCAGACCACCGCCGCCGAACCGACUCUACGGAACGACCACAAUGGAAUCUACGACACUAUAACGACACGAGCUGUAAGCGCGCCGGCCCCAUCGACAACAAUCUAUGCCAGAGAACAAUUUCAGAAUGGCGGGCGGUCGGUUAGCUACGCUCCUGGGUCGCAGGGCUCCCGGCUGGACCUGUGCUACGUGGCGGAGCGCAUGCUGGCGCUGCACCUGCCCGAGCGGGACUCGCAGGCCGAGGCCCAGGCUGCUCACAUGCUGAACAAUAAGCACGGCGAGCAUUUCAUGGUAUUCGAGGUGAGCGGCGGCGAAGGCGGCUGCGAGCGCACGGCCCGCGGCGUAUUCGGGCGGGCGCAUUGUCUGGGGUGGCCCGGCGACCUGGCUCCGCCCCUGGAGCGCCUUUGUGCGGCCUGCAAACACAUUGAGAGCUGGCUCGCCGCGCAUCCAAAGAAUGUCGCUGUAUUGUUGGCAUGGGGCAACCGCGAGCGCCUGGGCGUGCUGGUGGCGGCGUACAUGCACUACAGCGCCAUCUGCGGCGCGCCCGAGCACGCGCUCGACCGGUACGCCAUGCGCCGCUACCUCGACGACCGCGUGCCCAGCUUCCACCUGCCCUCCAACAAGAGAUACAUAGACACGUUCGCGGGUCUCCUCGCGGGCCAGAUCCGCGUGAACGCCGCGCCGCUGCACCUGACGCACGUCAGCGUGGCCGGCUCGCUCGCCGCGCCCACCAACCCCACCAUCGCCUUCCUCAAGAUCUACGAGAACUUCACCUGCGUCUACACUUCUGGUUUAUACAUGGUGAACGGCGGCGGGUGGACGGUGGGCGUGGGGCGGCUGGCGCUGCGCGGCGACGUGCUGGUACGCGCGUACCGCCGCCCGGCGCACGCGCACGCGUCCGCGCGCCGCCAUCUCGUGUUUGCCUGUCAGUUCCACACGUGCGCUGUCGCCGACCACACGCUGUCCUUCACCAAGCUGCAGCUAGACCACGCCGCGCACGAUCCAUCAUUCCCUUCCGACGGUGCGGUGGAGCUGGUGUUCGCGCGGGGCGAGGGGUCGGGGGGCGCCGCGCCCGCGCCCACCCCCGCCGCGCCGCUUCGGGCAGCCCCCGACGCCCUGGCGCGAGCUGACUCGCUGGAACACCUGAGACCCCUGUCUACACUCACUGAUGAUGACCCUGGGGAUAACAACGGUAGUGCAGAGGGGUCGGGGUCGGGUGGCGAGGCAGGCGAGGCAGGGGAGGCGGGCGAGGGCGCGGCGCACACGUUCGGGCCGCUGGACGGGUCCAUCUACGCCACGGUGGUGCGCGCGGGGCCCGGGUCGCCGCUGUCCGCGUCCAUGGACUCGGGCAUCUCGUCGGCGGGGCGGCGCGCGGCCCCCAGCCCGCCCGACGAGCUGGACGCGCUGCUAGGCGACAUGCUGCGCACCGUUAGCGCGCUGCCCGACCCGCCGCAGUCGCCCGCCGACCGCGCGCCCGACAUACCGUACCACGCGCGCGCCGACUCCGCGCCCUUCACGUACGGCGCGCCCGGCCUUCGCCCCGGCAUGCUGCGCGCCGCCAACCGCCUCGCCAGCCCCGAGCUCGUGCGCCGGGCGCUGGGCGAGCGCCCCUACCGCCCCAUCGAGGACGACGACGACGAGCGCACGGCCACCCCGGAGCCCCGGCCGCCGGCGCCGCUGUCCCCGCGCACGCUGCGCAAGCUCACGCACGAGGACGUCACCACCACCACCGUGUCCCCGGUCCCGCCGCCUGAAUCUCCGCAGACAAACGGAAGAUGGGUAAACGGCGACGCCGAAUGGAUCGAGAGGCCGCCGAGCAGCGCAAGGAAAACGAUAUCCGAAAAUGGAACGCUGCGCUCUAAUAGUACUAUCGGCUGGCAAGACACUCUAAGGUCGCGAGAGUCCAGGCGGUCGGAGGGCAACAACGAGCCGAGCUCGGGACUCACCUGGCUCCAAAGACAGCAGCAGAAACUGCGCGAGAAGAAGGAAGCGAGGGAGAGGGUCGCUCGACUGCCGCUCGAGUGGGACGCACCUUCCCGGCAUGUGCGCAGAUCUGCAAGUCAUCGCGUCGACGGCUACACAAGCGACACGACCGCAUUCGCCGACGACGACGAUGACUUCAGCGUGCCGCUGCACGUCAACACGCGGACGCUGCAUCGGACUGAUAGCGUCAGUCCGCAAGCUCCUGACAGAACCUCAUCUAGGAAAUUCAUGUAUGAAAAGAUGACGAUGCGCGAGUGGAGUACCAGCACAACACCGACGAGUACACAAGCGCCCGGUCUACUGUCACUAGCGGAGCCUAACAACAAUGAGCCUAUUAUUCGCGAGCGAUGCGAGAGCUGGUCGCACACAGAGUCGCGCGCCGCCACGCCCGCGUUCCCGACGCAACCGCGCACGCCGUACCCGCCCACGCCCACCCCCUCGCUCUCCGCGCGCCCGCCGCGUUCGCCCACGGUCACCAGAAAAGAGCGCGAAAGCAGCCCGGAGUCGGAGUACCGCGCGUACAGCACGGGGUCGCGGCGGUCGAGCGUGAGCGCGCCCGAGCCGCACCACGUGGCGCCGGACCGCGUGCGCUUCGCACGAGACACCAGCCACUACUGGUAUAAGCCCAACAUUUCGCGUGAUGACGCGGUGGCAGCACUACAACAACUUGAAGAAGGCGCGUUCAUAGUGCGCGACUCGAACUCGUUCCCCGGCGCGUUCGGGCUGGCGGUGCGCGCGGGCGGCGGCGUGCGCCACUUCCUGGUGGAGCCAGCGGCGCGCGGCGUGCGGCUGCGCGGCUGCCCCGACGAGCCCGUCUUCUCCUCGCUGUCCGCGCUCGUCUACCAGCACACCGUCACGCCGCUCGCGCUGCCAGUGCCGCUUAGACUGCCGGAGAGGGACCCGUGGACCGGCGGAGGCGCGAGCGCCGCUGCCCGCGCGCUGCUGUCGACGGGCGCGGCGUGCAACGUGCUGCUGCUGGGCUCAGAGAACACUGAAGCGCUGACCGGCCCUGCCGCCGUCAAACGUGCAGUGUCUAAUAUUUUACAGAAGAAGGGUGCAGCCCACGUGGUGCACUUCAAGGUGUUCGGCGGCGGCAUCACGCUGACGGACGCGGCGCGCAAGCUGUUCUUCCGCCGGCACUACCCCGCCGGCAACGUGUCGCACGCCGGCCUCGACCCCGACAACAGAUCCUACACAUACGUGGAUGAACACGGGGCUAGGACUGAUAAGCGCGUGUUCGCGUUCGUGGCGCGCUUGUCGGCGAGCGCGGACAACCAGUGCCACGUGUUCGCCGAACUCGAGCCCGAGCAGCCCGCCACCGCCAUCGUCAACUUCGUGAACAAGGCUCUUCUGGGAAACAGUCAGAAACGAGAUAUAAUUUGAGGAAUUCCCAAGAGUUAUUUGAA